AUGAAACUCUUAUCAGCCGUUUUGCUCCUUUUUUGCGCCAUCCUUUCUAACCAGGCGUUGGGGGAUAAUGUAAACGCGUCAAGUAUUCACCCCCCCAAGAAGAAAUCCCACAAGAUCAAAGCACCAGAACCUCUCAUUGACGUGCACGAGUUAAUAGGUGAAAUGGUUAGAAAAGAAGAAGAACUCGUAAGCAUGACGAAGAAAAAGUCAAAGUAUAAAAUGGCAACGACUGUUCUUGCUUCAGCCCUAGGUGUUGUAUCAGCAGUUCUGUUAGGAGGUGCCGGAUUAGUCUUUUAUAAUACCGGACACGGAAAACACCCAUUCGCCCUUGGAGGUGGAAAUGCAAAGGAAGGCGAAGCUGCCACUGAAGAAGCCCCAAGUGCAGACCAACCAGUAGGAAAAUAA